CGGAGAAUGGGGGAGAGUAGGAGGGAGGGGAGGAGCCUACUCCGGUGAGUAGAAGGCGGUGGGACGCUGGGAUCGUCCGGGCCUGGCUGCCUGGUGGGGGGAAAACGCUGCGCCAGCAUAGAACCCGCGGAAGGGAGCGGAGCCAGUCAGCGGAACACUCGCGCGGCACGAUCGGAUCGCUGAACCCCCUCGAUCCUCAGGGCGCGAAGCCCUGGCCUAGGCCCCGCGGAGAUGUCCAGUUGCGGCGCUUGUACCUGCGGCGCUGCGGCCGCCCGGCUUCUCACCACCUCGCUCACCUCCGCGCAGAGAGGUAUUUCGUGUGGGCGCAUUCAUGUGCCAAUGUUAGGAAGACUGGGGACCUUGGACACUCAGGUUCUGCGCAGAGCUCCUCUUAGAACCUUUUCAGAAACACCAGCAUACUUCGCCUCAAAAGACGGGGCAAACAAGGAUGGUUCCGGAGAUGGAAAUAAGAAAUCGGUGACUGAAGGAAGCAGUAAGAAAUCAGGCUCUGGGAAUUCUGGGAAAGGUGGAAACCAGCUUCGCUGUCCUAAAUGUGGUGACUUGUGCACACACGUGGAGACCUUUGUGUCUUCCACUCGUUUUGUUAAGUGUGAAAAAUGUCAUCAUUUUUUCGUUGUGCUGUCGGAAGCAGACUCAAAGAAAAGCAUAAUUAAGGAGCCCGAGUCCGCUGCAGAGGCUGUGAAGUUGGCAUUCCAGCAGAAGCCACCUCCACCCCCCAAAAAGAUUUAUAACUACCUCGACAAGUAUGUUGUUGGCCAGUCGUUUGCUAAGAAAGUGCUUUCAGUUGCCGUGUAUAAUCAUUAUAAGAGAAUAUAUAAUAAUAUUCCAGCUAAUCUGAGACAGCAAGCAGAGGUUGAGAAGCAGACAUCAUUAACACCUAGAGAGUUAGAAAUAAGAAGACGGGAGGAUGAGUACAGAUUUACAAAGUUGCUUCAGAUCGCUGGGAUCAGCCCACACGGCAAUGCCUUGGGAGCCUCUAUGCAGCAGCAGGUAAACCAGCAAAUGCCUCAGGAGAAAAGAGGAGGUGAAGUGUUGGACUCUUCUCACGAUGAUAUAAAACUGGAAAAAAGUAAUAUUUUGCUGCUUGGACCAACUGGGUCAGGUAAAACCCUGCUGGCACAAACUUUAGCUAAAUGCCUUGAUGUUCCUUUUGCUAUCUGUGACUGUACAACUUUGACCCAGGCUGGAUAUGUAGGUGAAGAUAUUGAAUCUGUGAUUGCCAAACUACUCCAAGAUGCCAAUUACAAUGUAGAGAAAGCACAACAAGGAAUUGUCUUUCUGGAUGAAGUAGAUAAGAUUGGCAGUGUGCCAGGCAUUCAUCAGUUACGGGAUGUAGGUGGAGAAGGCGUUCAGCAAGGUUUAUUAAAACUUCUAGAAGGCACAAUAGUCAAUGUUCCAGAAAAGAAUUCUCGAAAACUACGUGGAGAGACAGUUCAAGUUGAUACAACAAAUGUCUUGUUUGUGGCAUCUGGUGCCUUUAAUGGCUUAGACAGAAUCAUCAGCAGGAGGAAAAAUGAAAAGUAUCUUGGCUUUGGAACACCAUCUAAUCUGGGAAAGGGCAGAAGGGCUGCAGCUGCAGCGGAUCUUGCUAACCGAAGUGGAGAAUCUAACACUCAUCAGGACAUUGAAGAGAAAGACCGGUUACUCCGCCAUGUGGAAGCCAGAGAUCUUAUUGAGUUUGGCAUGAUACCAGAGUUUGUGGGACGGUUGCCUGUGGUGGUUCCUUUGCACAGCCUAGAUGAGAAGACACUUGUACAAAUACUGACUGAGCCACGGAAUGCUGUUAUUCCUCAGUAUCAGGCCUUGUUCAGCAUGGAUAAGUGUGAGCUGAAUGUUACUGAGGAUGCUCUGAAAGCCAUAGCUCGAUUGGCCCUGGAAAGAAAAACCGGUGCCCGAGGUCUUCGGUCUAUAAUGGAAAAGCUGUUACUAGAACCAAUGUUCGAAGUUCCUAAUUCUGACAUUGUAUGUGUGGAAGUUGACAAAGAAGUAGUAGAAGGCAAAAAGGAACCAGGAUACAUUCGGGCUCCCUCAAAAGAGUCCUCUGAAGAGGAAUAUGACUCUGGAGUGGAGGAGGAUGGAUGGCCUCGUCAAGCGGAUGCUGCAAACAGCUAAACCAUCAGACUCUCACCUGUACAUACAGCUUUCCCUGUUCUUUAGGGUCAUAACAGUUUCCGCAGUCUGGCAUUAAAGGUGUUGAAUCUAUCUUGGAUAUCAUACAUGGUCAAAAGCCUUUAAGAUAAGAAUCGGAUCAUGUAUAUUACUGUAACAUCACAUUGAUUUAUACAGAAGACAGUAUAUGGACUUUAAUGACACAAUGUUUAGAGAUAAAAAUGUACAUUAUUUUGGUUCUGUUUUUUAAAAAUAUACUUUAACAAAAUUCUUAGGAAUUCUCUUAAGCAAUGCAGAUGUUGCAAUAACUUUACAAUAAUGUUACUCUAAAGAUGAGAAAAUAAAAUCUUUAAAGUUGAGUACUGGGAUCCCAUUGUUUAGUGUUACCUUUUUCUACCCACAUUCCUUGGAAAUAUUUGAAUUUUAAUUUUAAAAAUUGGAUCAGGUAGUUUUUAGAUAAGUAAGAAUACCUUGAAAACCCACAUUUUGAUGACAUGUUUAUAUUUCUGGUCUCUUCUGCUAAUGGAGAGGCAUUGGUUUCCCAGCUGGUACCACUAGUAACAGACACAUUCCAUUGAUGACUUGUCUGACUUAUUUGCAUCUCUGAACCAUUUUUUAUCACCAUCAGUGAGCAAAUGGGAUUAAUAAUCUGGUUUAAAUAUUUAGAAGGCUAUAGGCAGCUAAUCUUACAGAGCUUGCUGUCAGCCAUGUGCUAGACUAAAUAAAAUAUCUUAUAGUGUG